AUGAAGUUGGCUGCAAGAAGUAUUAACGGUAAAAUCAUAAUUUAAAUAUCAACGAAAAAAUUUGCAAAAACAAGAUUCUAUCUUUUUGCUAAUAAACCCUAUUUAACUAAUCUAACAAUGUCAAAACAGGCUAUAAAAAACUCUAUCACCUUAAAAGGAUCUGCUGCUAUCAUUAAGGAGUAUUUAAAUUACGGCGUUAAUUCUAUUCUAUUUCAACGAGGAAUCUAUCCAGCGGAAUCUUUUGUUCCUGCACAGCAAUAUGGACUUACUAUUUUAGUGUCAAAAGAUGAGAAAAUUAAAGAUUUUUUGAAAAAUGUUCUUAGUCAAGCUGAAGAAUGGCUAGCUCUCAACAAAGUCGAGAAGUUCUCAAUGGUCAUCAGCAAUGUAAGCACAAAGGAAGUCCUCGAAUGUUGGGAUUUUCGAGUUGAUUCAGAGAGAAAUGACCAAAAUAAAGAUCCAAAUGUUGAUCCAACCAAUCCAACAUCAUCAAAAGAAUUAAAGAAGAUCCAGGCUGAAAUUGGAGCAGUCAUGCGUCAAAUUGCAGCAACAGUCAGCUAUUUACCACUUCUUGAAUGUAUUUGCAGCUUCGAUUUACUCAUUCAUACACUAAAGGAUUGUGAUAUACCAGAUAAUUGGAACGAAACUGAGAACGUAUCGAUUAAAAACAGCCAAGUCGUAAACCUAAAGUCAUUCUCCACAGGCUUGCACAAGCUAGACACGGUCGUUUCAUAUAAAAUGACUGAUUGAAUGUGUCACAUGUGAGGAAAUUAGUUCCAGUCAUUCCGGUUAUGUUUUAAAAUCCUAGGAUUAAUAUUU